AUUAAGACACUUUGCAAUCAUUUAUCGCGUCUUAUAUUUCAAUAUUCUUUAGACAAAAUUAAUAGGUUUAUCAAGUUAUGUACUUUAACUUUAACCCCCGCAUUUUGAGUGUACUAAUCUAGUGGUAAAAUGGCGCCAAACUCGAACUGAAGUGCAUUCCACAGACGUCAGGGGCCGAAAAUUCCAGAAUGGACAGUCCUGGACGGAAGUACACCAUCAGUGGUGUAAAUGUACAGUUCCCCUGCAAUGCCUACCCCACACAGAUAGCCAUGAUGCAUAAGAUUUUACAAGGGUUGGAAAGGGAACAAAACUGCCUCCUGGAGAGUCCAACUGGCAGUGGCAAGAGUCUGGCUCUUCUCUGCUCAUGCCUGGCCUGGCAAACAGCUGAGUAUGAAAAACUGAGGUUAGAGGAGGAGGAGGAUGAUACCUGUUGCAAGAAAAAAGAAGAAAACUGUGGGUGCUCCUGUCAUGCUGGGCUUCAGACUGGGGCAAACAUUCCAGAAGAGCCAUCUACAUCCAAGUACUUCCCUACUGCUUCUGAGACACCAGCCUUGUCAGACCAUGAUUAUACAGGUGGAGCUGGCCCCAAUCCCUCUGUAAGUCCAAAUGAAGAUGAUUUCCAGCCUGCCAAGAAGAAGUUUCGAACACCUGGCGGGACUCAGCAGUCCAGUCGAGUGAGAGGAGUUGUCUAUGAGGAUGAUGGAGGGACUCCCGGCACCCCUCCGACCCCCGCACAGUGGAAAAUGGAACUUACCAACAGCAGAUCAACCAAUCAGAUGCUCUGCACCUGUAACUGUGGGAAGAAAGGGGAGGAGAGAAAGGAAGAAACUGAAGAAAGGCCCAGAAAGAAAAAAAGGGCCCCAAAGAUUUUCUUUGGCACCAGGACCCACAAACAGAUAGCACAGAUCACAAGGGAACUGGGCAAGACUGCUUACAAAGGAGCCAGAAUGACAAUCCUGUCCAGUCGAGAGCACACCUGCAUCAAUGCCAGUAUCCGCGGAAACAAGAACGAUGGAUGUAGGGAGCUUUUGGACCAUAAAGCUUGUUCGUUUCACCACAACGUUGUGAGGAUGUCGAACCAGGCACAGAUCCAGUACAGGGGGCUGUCUGCCUGGGACAUAGAGGAGCUGGUCAAGCUGGGCAAGAAGAUAAAGGCCUGUCCCUACUACUCUGCACGUGAACUGAUGCUAGAAGCAGACAUCGUCUUCUGUCCUUACAACUACCUGGUCGAUCCUGUUAUCAGGGAAAAUAUGCAGAUCUCACUGAAGAACCAUGUGAUAGUUCUGGACGAGGCUCACAACAUCGAGGACUCGGCCAGGGAGGCUGCCAGCUUCUCCAUGACAGAGGACCAGUUGGACAACUGUAUGAGCGAGCUGGAAAACCUGGUACUACACAACGUGCAAAUGGAUGACCACAGAGCCCUGCACAUAGUGUGUGGAAGCUUCAAGAAGUGGAUCAAGGACAGCUCAUCACUGCUGAAGGAGCGUGACUUCGAGCGGCAGACCAAGGUGCAGACAGGGAUGGACAUGGUGGCAGUGCUGAACACUAUGGGCAUCAAUCCUGACACUUUUGGGUUACUCAAGAAAAAUCUGAGUGCAGUGACGGACCCUGAAAACAAGCCUGAACCGAAGCAGGGCCAGGAGCAGAUGUGGCUGGGUUCUGCCUCGGCACAGAUGCUGAAGGGCAUGUUCUUUGUGCUGGGGUUCCUCUUCAAAGAGAACAUGAAGUUUGCUGAGGACUACAGCCACGGGAAGCUCCAGCUAGGGAGCCCAGGGGCGGCUGGAGCUUAG